UUGGAAUUCUAAGUGAAAUAUCACGUCUCCCUUUUUAGGACCAGCCAUUAUGCUUCUUUCCGAUUUAUCACUAUUUUUUGAAAAUGAAUUUUAUAUAGAUUUAAAUUUCAUGUCAUUUGUUUUACCAUCAUGCUUUUGACGACUGUUGCUCAGUACUUCGUGAUUCACUUUCAUCCUUAAUUAAUCAAGACCAUUCAAAUGCACGAUCUAAGAAAUUGUUUGAGAAACCUUUUGUUCACGAACCAUGUUCCAAGAGUUCUCAUAGGCAAUGAGGGAACUUCGAAACAACGUGAAACUGUCGUCGUAGACUAUAGCUCCCCGAAUAUUGCGAAACCAUUUCAUUUGGGACAUUUCCGAGCUACCGUAACGGGAAAUUUUGUUAAAAAUAUCAAUGAAGCUUUUGGACAUAAAGUAAUUGGAAUAAAUUACAUUGGUGAUUGGGGCACUCAGUUUGAUACCUUAGCAUCAGGAUUUUCGAAAUAUGGGGAUGAAAUCGAAUUGCGAAGAAACCCAAUUGAACAUCUGUACAAAAUCUAUGUACAAGCAAAUCGAGAUAUCCAAAUGUCAAAUAAAGAAAAGUCACCAGACGGAAUCUAUGAUCGAAAUGAAUCAGUUAGCUUCUUAGAACCAAUACUCAAUACUACAAGUGAAAUACAGUCUCGUGAUACUGAAUUCUGGCGACGUAUUCGCAAAGUAACGUGUGAACAGUUGGAAUCAAACUAUCAGCGUAUGAACAUUCAAUUUACCAGUUACGAAUACGAAUCAGAUUAUGUGGAGAAAGCUUAUUCGCUAGUUAAUAUGCUAUUAGCCAAUGGGUUAGCUUACAAAAGUCUUGAUGGACUAAUUUGUAUGUCGACAGAAAAUAUUAACGACGUAAAUUUCUCAAAACAAAAUAUUAUCCUAUUAAAAAGUGAUAAAUCAACUUUAUAUCUGACCAGGGAUAUUGCAGCGGCGAUUUCUCGGUACGAAAAGUAUCAAUUCGAUAGGAUACAUUAUGUGGUUGAAAUUGGACAACGUUUACACUUUCAACAACUCAGUUAUGUUCUCUUAAAAAUGGGUUAUAAUUGGCCGGUUUUAUCAAUGAUUGGUGAUUAUGGUGAUGGUGAUGAUGCUCAUGCUCAAUGUAGUAAAUCUGCCCGUAAUCUUCUGCAUAUUCCAUUUGGUCGAAUUAUGGGAAUGAGUACUAGAAAAGGUGAAGGUUUAUUUCUAUUGGACAUAUUAAAUAAUGCUCAACAAUUUAUGUUGAAUCGAAUGAAAUGUUCACAAAAUACACGAAUAACUCAAAAUGAAUCAAUUAAUCCAUCAUCCAUAUUAUCAUCAUGUCAAAAUGAAAUAGCUGAUCAUUUAGGUGUAACAUGUUUGGUAACAACAAUGUUUGCUAAUCCACGUCAAAAACCAAUUCAUUUGCAUACAUUUCUUGGUUUUCCAGUGACAUCAUCAUCAUCAUCAUCAACGGCAAGAAAUAAUCACUCGGUGAAAUUGUCACAUGCAAUGGAACUAGGCGGAUUAACUUUACAAUAUUGUCAUGCAAGACUAUGCAGCCUAGAAGCUCGUUCAAUUUCAACUGGUCUAUUUCCAUUCCAUGUUUGUGGUGGUACUACUACUGAUCAAAUAUCAUUGACGUAUGAUAUUGAUCAUCUUAUUCAUGAAUAUGAUCAGUUUACAAAAUGGCCUUCAACAACCAUUAAUGAAGAAUCUUUUGUGAAAUUGGCUAAUCAAUUGUACAGAUUUUCUACUGUGCUUCAUACUGCUUAUUUAAAAUAUGAACCACAUUACAUACUACAAUAUGCAUUACAACUUACCUCUGCUAUAAACUCAGCCUGGAAAAAUUUACCACUUUUGACAUGUACAAGUAAAGAAGAUCAACAAAUACGUCUGUUUAUAUUUCUAGCCUCUAGAAAUGUACUUGCAUCUUGUUUACGCUUAAUGGGUAUUAAACCGUUGAAUGCGAUAUAACUCAUUAUUCUCGUUAUGAUGAUGAUUGUGUUUAUUAAAUAGAGGUGGAUUAUAAACAAUCUAUUCUUUCUUUGCCUUUUCUUUUUUUUUCUAUCUAUGCACAAUUAUCACUUAUGAUUGUUGAAAAUUAAUUAUAUUUUGUGUUUAUUCUUAAUGUAUUUUGUAUAUUUAUUUUUUUCUUUGCUUGUCAACAUACUACUACUUUAACUAAAGAAGAGCGUUGGAAAAAUCUAUUCACACUAAGAGCAAGAUGUAACACAAUAAAAAGAUAUUUAUGUAUUACAAAUUCUAGUUCAAACUCAAUUGUAUAAACUCUUAACAAUUAACUAUCACAUUCAUAACUUUGAUGAAUCCUGACUUUGUUUUUAUCUGUUU